AUGCGCAUAGAGAAUCAUGACACAGAGAACGAAAACGCCCCGCUGUUGGAGCCCAGCUUCACUCCGUCACCUGUCCAGAAACCGCGCCUUGCGACCUUUCUCUUAUCCUUAUGUAUCUUCUUCUUGUCGGGAGGAAGUGCCAUGAUUCAAGUUCCAUUGACCCAGCUGAUGGAGGACAACUUGUGCGACCAAUAUUUGAGUGAAACCGGGCGGCAGGGCAUCUUCACUGACAGAGCAAUUUGCAAGGACGAUGGGAUUCAAUCCAAGCUUGCAUAUCUGAACGCUUUACUCGGAGUGAUAGAGUCCGUGACCAGUCUCAUUGUUGCAUUCCCAUACAGUGCGCUGGCUGAUAAGCUCGGUCGCAAACCGAUUAUCUAUCUAUCAACCGCGGGAUCCGUGCUUUACGUUGCUUGGGUUCUGGCUAUUCUGAAAUUCUCCAAUCACUUGCCGAUAGAAUACAUCCUCUUGGGCCCGCUUCUCACGGUUGUUGGCGGUGGAAGCACUGUUAUUAACGCCUGCAUAUAUUCCCUGGCUUCGGAUCUGGUACCUGGCACAGAUAUAACAAUAUCUUAUUUCGUGAUGGCCUUUGGAAAUUUGGCCGGGGCUUCGGUUGGCCCGGCGAUAUCUUCUAAACUGAUAGAGCAAUAUUCACCCUGGUUCCCUACGCUGACAGGCUCCUUGAUUGUUCCCGCCAGUAUGGGCUUGUUGAUUGUGCUCCCCGAGACGAUCACACCGAGAGACCAGUCUUCCGAGAGAGCAGCCUCAGAAUUGGGGAAGCUUUCACCUCGCACGCUCAAGAUAUUCUUUAACCAGUCCUGGGCCGAUCUCAAAACAUCAUGUCAGAGUAUUCGCUCCUUCUCAAUUGUUUUGAUUUUGAUCACCUAUCUCAGAGUAUAUCCCGAGAGUGUGGCUUAUGGACCAUUGCUCGUUCAAUAUGUGAGCAAGCGAUUUGACUGGACUUUCGCAGACGCUGGUUAUCUCCUCGCAGCUCGUGGGAUUGGCCAGAUGCUCAUUUUACUUGUCUUAUUACCUGGGAUAUCAAAGCUACUUUCAAAAUACUUGCGGCCAGCUGUCAAGGACCUGAUUCUUGGACGGGCCUCGGCUUGCUUGGUGAUUUUUGGGAGCCUUCUUACGGGAAACCCGCGCAUUGGCCUUGUAAUUUUCGGAUUAAUACUUCAAACAUCAGGCGCGGGCUUGAAUGCGAUAUGCCGAUCAAUAGCUAUGAGCUACAUGGGAGCACAGGAUAAGUCAAAGAUGAAUGCGAUGAUUGGGAUCUUUGAGACUUUCGGCUCGAUGUUUGCCGGGUCGACAUUGGCAUGGCUUUUUUCGCAGGUAUGA